CAACAAUCUGCGCAAGCGCAAACAAGAAACUUCAUUAUCAAUUUACAGGCUCCAUCUCCACCGGCACUUUCUAGAAGCUUCGAACACGUUUAGACCGCCGGGGUUAAUUUUCUUUACGAAAAUAAGAAAAUGGCAGCGAACGCAGUAAAACGAUUAGUGCCUCUCUUCGACCGCAUUCUCAUUAAAAAAGCGGACCCCAUUACCCAAACCAAAGGUGGCAUUAUGAUACCAGAAACGUCCCGUGGUAAAAUGCUUAAAGGUACCGUAAUCGCCGUCGGCCCCGGUUCCAGGAAUACACAAGGCGAACAUGUUCCACCUACUGUUAAAGUCGGCGACAACGUGCUCCUUCCCGAAUUUGGGGGCACCAAAGUAGAGUUCGACGAAAAUUCUGAGUAUCACCUGUUCAGGGAGACAGAUAUAUUAGCCAAAGUAGAGGAAUAAGUGCUGUGCGUUGUUAGUUUACCAUGUAGGACAAGUUACUUUUAAGGUUUCCAUAUUUCAAAGCAUUAUCUAGUGCUUUCGAUGCGUUUCAUUAUUUUCAUCGGAUGCAUUUGUAACGUGUAUAGCUUUGUUCGACUGUUAAGAAGUUUUCAAUAAAUUGUUUAUGUAAA